CUCUCUCUCUUUCUUUAUCUACUCAUCCACUCACACUCAACCUCAUAACAAUAGAAACAUACAACGAACAAGUUAGAGAGAGAGAGAGAGAGAGAGAGAGAGAGAGAGAGAAAGAGAGAGAGAAUGGGGAGUGGUUUGGGUUUGGAGGAAACUGAGCUGAGGCUCGGAUUGCCGGGGGGCGGCGGUGGCGGAGGCGGAGGCAGAGGCAGCGGGGACGGAGAGCCGACGGGGAGGAAUUUCGGGAAGAGAGGGUUUGCACAGACGAUCGAUCUGAAACUGCAGCUCCAGACCGCGUCUGUCGCGACAGACGCAAGAGAGACAGCAGCGGCAUCUGAGGGGACCGCCGCCGCAGCAGCAGCAGCAGCAGCAGCAGAGAAACUCAAGAGAUCUCCCUGCAGCCACAAGAACGUGGCUGCUGCAUGCAACAGCGCGGAUCCCGAGAAGCCACCCGCUCCCAAGGCACAGGUGGUGGGGUGGCCACCAGUUAGGUCGUUCAGGAAGAACAUCAUGGCCGUACAAUCCGAGAAGGGGAGCAAGGAAGAUCAUCAUCAUGGUCAAGGGGAGAACAAGUCCGGCGGCGGCACAACCGCGACAACCGCCAUCGCCGCCUUCGUGAAGGUGAGCAUGGACGGCGCGCCGUAUCUCCGCAAAGUCGACCUCAAGAUGUACAAGAGCUAUAGGGAGCUCUCCAUUGCCCUGGAGAAGAUGUUCAGUUCCUUCACCACUGGCAAUUGUGGGUCACAAGGAAUUAUGAAUGGGAAGGACUUCACUAAUGAGAGCAAGGUAAUGGAUUUAUUGAAUGGAUCCGAGUAUGUGCCCACUUAUGAGGACAAGGAUGGUGAUUGGAUGCUUGUGGGAGAUGUUCCGUGGGAGAUGUUUGUUGAAUCAUGCAAGCGACUUCGGAUAAUGAAAGGAUCAGAAGCCAUUGGACUUGCACCAAGGGCAAUGGAAAAAUGCAAGAACAGGAGUUGAUGAAGAAGCGAAAAAAAAAAAAAAAUGGUAUUUGCACAAUCUGUAUCUUAAUUAAUAUGCAAGGCAUGUGUCUGUAUUUUUUCAGUAUAUAUAAAAGUCACUAUUAAUCUGUCACCAUAAUAGAAUUUCUCAUAUUUUACUCUUGUUUUUGGUUUUGUGUUUUUUUUUUUUUUUGGGUUUUUUGUUUUUUUUCAGUGGACAAGAAGCAAUUAAUAUUACUUGUUGUCCA